AUGGCACACAAGUUUCUAUCCUCUGUUCCAUCCAUUUAUAAGGAGGGAGCGGGGGAAGACAAGGGAGAUGUGGCGCGACUGCAGGCCUUCAUCGGAGCUAUCGCCAUCGGAGAUUUGGUGAAGUCCACCCUAGGUACUCCAGCUUAUAUACUCAGUGCGAAGUGCUGCAAAAGCGAAUACGAACGACGACGUCGUGCGUCCGCGUGCUUGAUGGUCGUGUGUGUUUAUGUUGUCAGUACCGAAAGAAGUGGGAAGGUCACUGCUUCAUGUGAACUGUUAGUUCCCGCUACAUUCUUCUUUAUCCAUUUUGUGAAUGUUGUAGACAUCGUACCAAAAUCAAAGGUCCCAAGGGAAUGGACAAGAUUCUGCAACCUCUGCCAGGCGAAGGUGCCAGCAAAGAGACGACUGUAACUAACGACGGCGCCACUAUUCUUUCACGUGUCUGUAUGAGGGUGCACGGUUCCGCCUUGUCAUUUGUCAUGCAAAGGAUAUACCUUUGCGCGCCUAUUUGCAAAACAAAAGUUGUAGCAGCUGAGUUAUAGUACUAUCAUCAACACUGCUUGGCUGUUUCAUGUACAGGAGCAGCGGACCACGUGGAAUGGCUAAGGUGGAAUGGCGCUUGUAUCGGACCAAGUAGAGGCAAAUGGUGGUUACGGAGCCACCUACUAGUACUAUGCCACGCAGAGAGUUCCCGUGUGCCGCUUUUAUUUCUGUUUCUGGCCAUGCCUUCCAAAGGAAAGGCAAAGGGAGGGGCACUUGUGCAGUCUCAUAGUCUGGGUCGACAAUCCUAGCGCAAAAAUUCUGGUGGAUAUCUCCAAGUCGCAAGACCAAGAGUGUGGCGAUGGUAAUUUCUGUGGUGAUGAAAUUUUCUUUGCAUUUAAUUCUAUCUUGUCACGCUUAUCUCGCUUCUCGCUCGCUGUUGAAGACGUGCUGCUACCAUCAGAUGAAGCACAGGAAUUUUGUGUACUGCACAGACAUCAAAGUAGUGGCAUGUAGUAGCGUACUUGGUAGUGUAGCUUUGCACGACCGUUGUCAUCCUGUUAAAUUUGUGAAGCGACUCAAUCACAGGAACGACGUCGGUUGUGGUUCUUGCGGCAGAGCUUUUGCGACAAGCGGAGCAACUUGUGCAGCAGCGCAUGCACCCACAGGUGAUAAUCAAAGGAUACCGCAUCGGCCUGGAAGCGGCGCGCAAGCGACUCGAGGAAGUCGCUUUUGACAAUGGUAGGCUCUUUGGCAUUUACUUCUAUUCAUGUGCUCGCUUGCAAGUUCCAGUAUUGGGCUCCUGUCGGCCAAGCUGGCGAGCAAUAUGGGGGCGGGAGAUCACGAGCAAGAGCAUCUCGUCCUGCUUGGAAAAGUGAUGUUCAUUAUGACCGACGUCUCGAAUUUGACACUGUGACAGACUUCCGUGUCGAAUUAUUUGUUGCUACAGGAAAGGACGAAGCCGAAUUGCGUGCAGACUUGAUCAAAAUCGCGGAAACGACUUUGUCUUCGAAGCUAUUGAAACACGAGAAGACGCAUUUCGCCACUCUAGCGGUUGACGCCAUCUUGCGUUUGAAGGGAAGACCAAAUCUCGACUACAUUCAGGUACACGUAUCGAUUGCUUGCCUUGAAACAAAAUGUGCGCCGAAUAAAUGGUAUUUUGUCGCGUCACACCGGAGUCGCAAUAAAAUUGCAGGUUUUGAAAAAGGCCGGAGGUGCAGUAAAAGAGUCAUAUCUGGAACCGGGUUUCAUUCUUGAAAAACGCAUCGGUGUCGGCAUGCCGAAGAAGAAAGAGAAUUGCAAGGUACACAGCUUCAGAUUCGUGUUGGUGUGACGCAGAACAGGAAAGUUGAGAAAUGGAUCACGAGCGACUAUGCAUCUGAAAAUGGUAGCAUGCGAUAUUUAUCUGCAUGCUGCGAUGGCACGAGAAAUGGCAGGCAGUAUCUUUCCAUCCGCAAUGUUUCUUACGUGUCGUACCUACUAUAAAAGUUGCGGACUGGUGUCGCAAUAUAAAAAAGGUCCUGGUGGCCAAUACGCCUAUGGACUCGGACAAGAUUAAGAUCUUUGGCAGCCGCGUAAAGGUUGAGUCUCUGGAGGCUAUGGCGGAAAUCGAACGGGCGGAGCGGGAAAAGAUGAAGCGCAAGUGCGACAAGAUCGUGGCUACGGGGUGUAAUGUUUUUAUUAACCGUCAGCUCAUCUAUAUGAAAGCGUCCGGUGGAAAGUCGUUCGUUUUGAAACAUGUGCGCUGUGUGAUUUUGCCGAGCAAGGUCUUCAUGACAAAGACAAACGCUUGGCUCUUUACACUAAACAGUACGUAUGUUGACGCGUUAGCAUGAUUUGGCCUACACUGGCUGCGUAGAGUCGCUGUGUCUAACAUGUGCCGCCAUGAUCCAUGACCAAGCAUUUGCGGAAAGGCUUCCUGGCCGUCAGCGGAAACACGCCCGGUAGAUUGCGUUUGUGAUCGCGCUUGGACUAGUAACAUGAAAAAUAUUUCUGUUUUGACGAUUUCCCACCUGUCAGUUCCAUAGUUUACAACUACCCGGAGGAACUGCUGAAGCAGGGCGGCAUUACGUGCAUCGGUAUCGUCCAGGAAAAUCCGCCCUCCACAUACUCAAAGGGAUUUGCCAUCCGUAAUUUGUGGACAAAGUCACUUUGCGACAAAGCGAAAAGGACAAACUCUUUAGAUUUGCUCUGCAGGCAAUAGCUCAUGCUAAGUAGUCCGGGGAGAGCAGAUGGUUCCUGUCAUGCUGAAGAAACCCAGCACGUGACUGCAAUCCGGGACUCAUAUCCGCAUUUCAUCAGGUGUAAGAGGAAACGACUUUCACAAGUCAGAGGUACUGGUGUAUAGAGGCGCGGUCUGCAUAAGGCUUUCCUCUUCAUGGGGUGGCGGUUUUUCAUUUUGACAGUCAAGCAUUCGGAUUUUGACGGUACCGAGCGGCUCGCGGCCGUUCUAGGUGGCGACAUCGUCAGCACCUUUGACGACGCCGAAAACAUAAAACUAGGCACUUGCGAACUGAUCGAGGAGGUUAUGAUCGGGGAGGACAAGGUAAUUCGCUUCAAGGGGUGCGCAGAAAACGAAGCCUGUACUAUCGUGCUUAGGUAAGUGCAAUAAGUGCCUACAUACUUCUGUGUGGCACACUUUCUAUAACGUGUUUUAUUCUCGAGACUGUUCUUCUUCACCGCAAUUUCCAGCCGUCUUGUAACGGUAAUUUUUUGUAGUAUAAGUUUUCUUCUGUGCCGGACCUGGACAACUGGGCAACAGGAGGAUUCUCGUCUGCUUGUAGCUAUAAUUAUCCCCCUAAGCGCUACUAUCACAAAAGCAGAAGCAAUCUCGCACCUACAAUUCUUCUAGGGGUGCCUCCACGCACGUGUUGGACGAAGCGGAGAGGUCGCUGCAUGACGCGCUGGCGGUUUUGUUCCAGACCGUGACGCAAGAUACCCGAGUGGUGUGCGGGGGCGGGUGCUAUCCUGUGUAAGAACGUCCUCACCCCAUAUGAGUGCGUCAUGUAAGUUUGCCUUGAGAUUUGGCCUUGAGUUUCGAACCCCACGCGCCCCCGCGGUUUGCCCCGCCGAGUCUCCACUGCGCUAGCGGGCCGGGCGGGUCCGUAGUGCGGAGCGGGUCUAUUGGGCUACCGGACUGGCGGGACAGCAUCAAAGGCUGGCAGGUAGUGCUACAGUGUGUCUUUGCGCGAGCACGUCGGACUUCGUUAGGGCCUUAGGCCGCGGGGCGCCCGGCCCUCGUCUUUCGCACUUCUGAUCGUGGGACGGCGACGAAGUACAGGAGCAGGGCGAAACGUCAUCAAUCGGGGCGCCCCCCUGCCUGCCGCUCUCCGAUGACGUCUAGGAUUGGAGGCACAGGAGCAUGCGCCAAGCGCCCCCCCUGCGAUGCAUAUUCUUGCGGCGUGUGCCACUUUGUACUGCUGUACCCAGUUACCGCCACGGCCGCCGCGUCUGUUCGACCUGCGAAGACACUCGCAGCACGCCUGCCCUCACGCUUCAGGGGCCCCGUUUCGUUCUGCAUGCGUUCGCUCUCAUUUCGUACGCCUCGCCUACCCGUGCUCAUCUCUCAGCACAGUCCGCGCGAAUGCCUUGGCCUAAGUGCGAGCUUUCAAUGCGUAGAAGACGUUUUUGCGAUUCUUAAUUUACUUGUGAGCAUGUUGUUUUCAAACUAGUGAAUACAUAGUAGUGCUGUCGACGUAGUUUUUGUUUUUAUUCUCUUUUAUUUUUAGCUGGUGGCCCCAGAGCUGUAAAGCGCCGUGCCUGCACUCACGUUCGAUGGAUUUUCCAAUUGCGCCGUACGAAGUGCGUCGGGUGGUCGGAAGUGUACUGGAUUGAGGUGCAUUGAUUCUAUUGGUUUAGUGUCUUUUAAGUGCCACCGGGGCAACCUGCCCGUAGAUUUUCUAUGUUGUGCCGUACCUAUCACUAUAAGCUGGAGGCUCUGACAUGCGGGCGGGCCACGCAAGGAGAACUACACUGCGGACCCAGGGUUGUUGCGCGCAUCUCACAAAGCCCGGAAUUUGUGUAGCGGAGGUCGCAGAGGUGGCACCUUUACUGAGGGGUGGGUACGUUUUUGCACAUGGUAGCUGCUGCGAGAUGGCUAUGUCCAGGGCGGUAAUGCAGACCGCCGCGGAGGUCGGCGGCAAGGAGUCCGUUGCUGUUGAGGCUUUCGCAAAGGCGCUGGUCCAGAUUUAUCCCGCAGAAAAGAGCUAGCGCGCCGCGUUUGCAAUGGAAGAAAAUACACAGAGAUCGAGAAGUAGCGCGCUGCUUCAAUACACAACGAGUUCUUUUGUAUGCCCUAUUCACGUCCGAAUGUGUGAAGCCUACUUCAUCUGUUGAGAAUUGAAAAACAGGCCAGCUAUUCCGCUGGAUCGGGCAAGAAGGUGGAGCACAGCCGCAAAGGUCAAAAGACUGGGGUAGCGCGCCAGAAGAGACAGAAAGAACCAGGCGCGGACCUCUCGGAGGUCGGGCCUGCCGAUUUCUGCUGCAACAACUGGCCCGGGGCCGGCUCGUCCUGCGGGGGUCGGGUUGAUCUGGCGGAGCCGGCUAGAUCUCUUAGCAGUGCGAGCCGGAGCCGCCACGCGAGACCGCCGGACCUGCAGCCCCCCAGCGGUCCGUCCGGAUCGUCCGGACUUGCCGCAGUCGGCCGCCGGGCCUAGCGGCGGCCGCCUGGGCUGCGAUGGAGAGUUUGGCACAAGGAGGAACCAGGUACCCUACCGAACCAGGGACCAGGUACCCUGGGACCACGUACCCAGAAAACACCCCGGGUCUGAAAACGCCGGACCGGGGUAUCCUGUUCCGUGGGUGCCUACAAGAGCUGGGCACCCUACAAAAAGGCGCACCGGGGGCCCUCGUCCGGCCACCGCUACCCACAUCCGGCCAUCUACAUCUGCGUACCGGGUGCCCACAUCCGGGCACCCGGGUACGGAGAUUCGGGCAGCCGGUGCCCAGUUGUGGACACCCCGACGUGAAACCGCUCGAGUUUUCGCGUGACUUGCUUUUUUCAACUCAAAGCUGAAAAGGUGUCCCCAUCCGCGCAUCCACAUCCGGAUACCCGGGCGCCCACAUCCGGCCGGGCACCCGGGUACCCAGGUACCUGGUCCCAGGGUACCUGGGCACCUGGGCACCUUGCCCCUGGGUACCUGGUCCCUGGGUACCUGGUCCCUGGGUACCUGGCCCCUGAGUACCUGGCUCCAGGGUACCUGGUUCCAGGGUGGCUGGUCUCGGGUACCUGGUCCCGGGGGGGCACCUGGUUCGGUAGGGUACCUGGCCCCAGGGUACCUGGUUCCUACCUCUACCGGAGAGUUUGUCGGAGGGGCGCGUUGGAGCCCAUAGGGGUUUUGGUUCCGGGGCGGGCCCGCCAGAGCCCGUCGGGCCAGCCGGCGACCGCUUCGCUUCCCGAGGCGUGAGCCGACCGGACCUCGCAUCCCGCCGGCCGCUCUUCGGCCGGCACUCGCGGGCCCGUCAUAGUGAAGAGGCGGCGCGCUGUUUCCGGGCUGACCCUUCGAGGCUCCAUCGGCCCAUUUGCUGCGCAGCGUCUGCGAGCCCGCUCAUGGUUGUUUUCGCAGCGCCCUGCCCUGCUUGGUUUCCUGCUUGCAAAUGCGGACCGGCGCAGUGGCGUGGCCAUCACAGCCGGCGGAAGCGUUCGCUCCUGCCGUGUGCGCCCCGGCAGGUUCCUAGCUGCACUUCCGGCAACCACGCCGCGACAGAGAGACCCCAGAUCGGCCAGCGUCCGGGCUAGAGGGGUCGCAUCAUGCCAGGGGGCGGGCUUGUUUUCUGGCCCCGGCUGCCGACCGAUGCGCCCCAAAGCCACCGGGGGCCGACCGCCGGGGGGCCCUAGCAGGGCGGCGGGUGCAGGUUUUUGUUCUCUCGCGCGGGUUUCGGUUUUGCCCGCUUUUCUCCAGUUCGCCCUGCUAGGGCAAGGCGUGGUCUCUCUGGUUCCCGUAAAGCAAAAGGGCGCAGGCGGUCAAAGGGGGCCGUGGCAUGGAAAAGAGCUCGGGGGCACAAAAGAUCUCGGGGAAGCCAGCGAGUGGGGUGGCGUCGUCUUUGCGAUUUGUUUUUCUUCUGUGACCAAGAAAUACCAGGCGCAAAAAAAAAGAAAGAGCACGAGCGACACGGGGACAAAAAGAGAAAAAAAAGAAAGACGCGGGCCCCAUGCUCACAAAAGAACAGAAGCCCCGACGAGGGUUAGUUAGCAGCAUGGCCCGCAGAAAAAAAUACAAAUAAAAGAAAGAGCCAGAGCGACGGAGAGAAAAGAGGACAGAGGACCAGGCUAAAAGAUGACACAUGUCCCAACAAAGUUAGACCGCAGCGAAGUGCGAGGAGCUCCGUGCUGAUCACUGAGCUCGGUGGCGUCGUCCGUUCUGGAAAGCUUUCCUGCGUCCGCAAAGAAGCUUGCUACUGGGCACGGCUUGGGGCCUCUUUUUCCUGUUCGACUGACACAGAACCCAGAGGCGGCGGGUUUUUGGGUCAGGUAUGUCGGGUGGUUGAGGAUCCUCGCCUGCGCCUAGGCCGGGAUCCUCUGAACAUUGUGUGUGAGGGUGGUAGCACGCGACGGACCCCAGUCGGAUGUCCCUUCGCUGCUAAAAUGGGUGGCGUUGCGAUGUCUGAGAUGCCUGGCUCUCAGUGCAAUCCAGUGCAGACAUCUUGCCUCCAGGAAAUUUAGGCUGAUCGAUGGCCGUUUCUGGCUCGCCUCGGCAUCUAGAGACAGAGGCCGAAAAGGCUCGCUGCGCUUGUUUUUCUUCUUUGUCAGGAUUGUAGCAGCGCUUGGCUUUAACUCGGGAGCUUUCGAUGGUUUGAUCGGUGGAUGGGAAUUGCGCUUAAUCUCCUGAACACUAAGGGUGGACAGGUGGCAACCCGGGUGGACGCCAGGCGAGUGCUCGCCUCGCCCGCUACUAAAACGGGCUGCGUUCGGACAUCUGUGACGCGGCUGGCGACCAACCCACUCCCGGCGAUUACCCCCGAGGAAGUUAGCGCACCUCUCUGACGGUGCCUGGCUCGCCUGAUAGCUUUCCUCCACUACCAAAGAAGCGCGCGGCGGUCGCGUUGUUUUUCUGCUGUGUUGUUCGUUCGCAAAAGCGACUGCAGCCCGCCAGGGUGCGGCCCAUUUUCCGCAGAAGGCCAAGCGUAGUAGGGAUAGGCUUCGCAUUCGCCCACGUACCCAUGGACGCACUAGCGGGGGCGCCGGCUGUAUGCAAAUACCGCGAGCCGCCCCGGCGCCGGGGGGCGGUCUAGAGAUGACUCAUCUUGGUGGUGGGAGGCGCAACAGGCCGGGGCCUUGCUUUUUUUCCGUUUGGCCAGCGGGGCAAGCCACCAAGGGCGGGCACGGGUUUAGGGAUUUGGGUUCCCUAGGAUGGCCGUAGCAAAGUGUGAACAGCUUCGCGCUGAUCACGGCGCUUGGUGGCGUUGGGGUUCCCGCUUCUCUCCGGCUGCGCGCGAAAGAAUUGGCCGGGCUUUUUUUUUACAGUAUUGUAUUCGCGUUGUGCGCGAAACUUCUCAAAAUGGGGAGGCUAUUCGAGGGGCUUCGGCAUGAAGAGCCCCCCUGUUUCAAUUACAGAGCAGGCCCGUUCCUUUCAACAACCUCAAUGCGUGCGGCCCCCGAGCGGCGGGCAGGGGGCUUCGCCUUGCUGUGCGCUUUGCGCCCGGGUGGCGUCGGCCCGCCCGCGGUAGUUCGGGAUUACGCACGUGCGGGCUUGUUGUGCGGCCCGCGGCGCCUCCUCCGCCGUGGCGGACAGCUCAGGCUCGGCCACUUUUGUGGGUGGGCAGGCCCCCCCAUCGUCGUCCGCCUUCGCUCGGACCGCCGCGAUCAGCGUGUGCGUUUUCUUGUGGUAAAUGACCCCCGGCGGGGGGGCCUUGCUAGCUACCUGCCGCUCCACUGCCUGCUUGACCCGCGGCGGGGCGUCGUUGUGCCUGCGCCCUUGAGACGGUCUCUGUGGCUGCUUUGGCGGGGGCGCGAGCGCCGCCGCAAAUUUCUCCUCCGUGGCCUUUAUUUUACUGCUUGGCGCGCAUAUGGAUGAAUGCCAGGCGGGUCGAUGUAUGGCUGUCGGAAGGUGCCCCUCCUCCGGGGCCGAAGAUAUGCAAAGGCCCAGCCAAGUGCGGCGGACUUGCCCCCGAAGCCACAAAGAGGAGACGGCUGGCCCCAGUCCGUCCGCUGCGCAAAUCUCUUUCCAAAAACGGGGCGGGGAAGGCCGCAGGGGCCAUGGCCUUGCUGCGUAGGCCUCGCGCCGGUUCUGGUCCCCGUGCGAAGGUGCUGCCGCUGUGCAAAAAACUGGCCCGGCUAUCCCCGGCCGCCGGGCUCGCAGGCCGCCGCCGCUCGCUCUCGCUUUUUAUGAACCUAGACCAGGGCAGCAGAUCGCCCCCCGGGUGCCCGCCGCUGGCUGUGCCGCUCCCCGGGGCCAAAGGUAUGCAAUAGACCAGCGAAGCGCGGCGGGCAGACUUCGCACCCGCGCCCAAGGGCUCGCAGCGCAGCGACGCACCCAAACGAAGAGCCCCCCAUCGGCGAAGCUUGUCGGGGAUGGGUUUGGGGGCACCAAACAGACCCCAAGUGCAGGGCGGGGCGGCGGCGCAUGCCGAUCGCGGAGCAACUACAGGAGAACACCGCGGGGCGCCCCUACGUCAAACAUAAGAAGGCACUGCCGCGCAGCUAAGAAUAAAAGCAGCGCCCUCGGCGCAUUGGCCGCGGGUAGCAAACGGAAGGCCGGCGCCUUUAGAGGCCCGAGACAGACCCGAGCCCUUCUGGUUGGCCCGGUGGAUCUUCCGGGCGGCGAGAACAUCAGGCCCGGCCCGCGGCAACUCUUCGCACUGCCUGUGUGCGGGCCCACCCAGCCCUUUACUCCCCGCCGGCGCAUGGUCAUACUUGCGAGGCCCGCUGCUCUUGCUGCCGGGCCUGGGGGAAAUUCACACAAGUGCUGCCCCCGGGAAGGCUUCAGGCACUUGGGCGGCUCGUCCGCGCAGGUUGUCAAGUUGGCCCUAGGGCGCCGCUGCUCGUUUUUUGUUUUAGUACAAAAGCCGCCCAUGUCAGACGAUCUCCUCCGCCUUGCUCAUGCGUGCGCAGGUCUCUGAGUGCUUGCGCUUCUUUUGGGGUUUAGGGUCGAACGUUCCCAGCACCGCUGGAAGCACGGAGCCUCAAAGGAAUGCACUCCCGGAAGGAUUCGAGCGCUUUUUCAGCGGUUGCCUUUGUCCUUCUUGUUUUGCUGUCCCUCUUUCCUCGGGCCCUACUGGCGUUAAGCAGUUUUUUCUUUGCGGAUGAUCCGCCCUCUGUUUUUUAUUUCGUUUUUUGUUUCUAGUCACCGCGAGCGCAAAUCUGCACAUGGCGACGUGAGCAUGAAAAUGAGCUUGGCGACCUCCCAUCCACUACUACGGGCUGCGCUUUGCCGUCACUUCUUCUUUCGCCCCCAUCUCCUUGUCUCCGUCCCGUCCCGGUCUCCAUCCCGGUCCAGCGGCCGUCGCAGCAGGGUUGUAGGGUUUAGAAAUGUUUCGGGUUCCUAUGUUGACAUUAGAAUGCGCGAGAAAGGCAAUGGCCUUGCCCAGACAGGACAAGUGGCGCUGCCCUGCUGCUUAUUCCAAUUUGCCCGCUGCGGCGGCUAUUGUUGGCAAAUUCGGCGUGCUAGCAUUUUAGUGCAGAAUAAGAGUCCGAUGAUUCUUAGCGAAAAUGCCGGCUUCGACGCUCAGGAGAUAGUGGGUGAGCUCAAGAAGUCUCAUGCGACCGGCAAGGCAUUCGCGGGGAUCAACGUGAUGACGGAAAGCGUCGCGGACAUGCGGCCGUUGGGCAUCUACGAGUCGUAUCGGUCGAAGCUCAGUGGGCUUUGCUCUGCAGCCGAGGCAGCGGAGCAGGUACCCACGUAUAAAGUCUGUGCAGUUGCUGCGGCGCAUGCAUCAAUCAAAUAAAAUAGGUUUGAAAAUAAUGAGUUUGCAUUUGGUACAAGGUGAAGUGCGCAACUUUUGCUGUAGCUUAAUGCGCCGGAAGUUAUUGUAGUGUUGUUCUGCUGCCCAUUUCGUGUAAAGGUAAACAUGCUGCAGGUGCGCUGUUUCAAUAUUUUAUUAGUUCUACCGCUAAUUCGAGAAGCGGAACCGAUAUCGAUUGCAUUUACUUCGACAGGUGAUCCGCGUCGACGACAUCAUCCGGAACGCACCCAGACAGCGGCAAGGCAUGUAG